AUGGAGCAAGUGGUUCUCUUGACGGGCGGAACGGGCAGCCUCGGCAGUUGUCUGCUCUACAAACUCGCGCUGCAGUUGCCUGCUGCCAAGAUUUACGUCCUCUGUCGCGGGACAGUCAAUGAGGCGGUUCAGAAAUGGGAGUUCUACAUGGCAGAGCAAAUCGACGACAUCCUGGAUUCCGGAAAGGUCCACUGCAUCCGGGGCAACCUGAACCGGGAUGGCUUCGGUCUCGAUCCGGACGACCUGAAACGCCUGCAAGAAGAGGUGACAGUCGUUAUUCACGCGGCGGCCGACAUUUCCCUUGCCCAGAGCCUUCCCGAUUCCAUUCAGAGCGAUUGCCUACCCGUUAUCCGCAUCGCCAGUCUCGUGCAGAGCUUCAAAGCCGUCAAGCUGUUCGCGCACAUCUCUUCGACGUUUGCACAGAUGCACCUAUCGGCCGGCGUGGUGCCCGAGAGGAUCGUCAAGGUUGCCGACGAUGAACCUCCUCCGCAGACGCAACUGGCCUCCAUCCUCAGGACGGGAAAGUCGCCAUACGCCCAUCACUUCAUCACGCCAUAUGCGCAGGCAAAGUACCUUGCAGAGCAGCUUCUCAUGGAGUACCAUGACAGCUUCCCGAUACUGAUAGUCCGGCCCUCCAGCAUCUCGCCAGCAGUCAGCGACCCGUUUCCGCAGUAUGGUCCGGACGGGGCCAUCCCGCUGCACACUUUCGUCACAUUGGCUCUUGCACGGGGAUACGACGUGCUGGAAAUCAUCAACGGCCUCCCACAAGAAUUCAUCUUGGAUGAGAUACCCGUUGACCUCGUUGCCAACACCUGUCUCCUCCACGUGGCAGCCGGCACAACUGGUGUUGUCCACGCGGCUGCACAGCUCUACGAAACUCUUACUGUUGCCGAAUACGUCUCCAGAGCACGGAAAUAUGCACCGAAGGAUGUGGUGGAGCGAAUAGCUGCGAAUGGUACGAAGCAGGGGCAACCCCGCCAGCUGCCGUUGGAUUUCCAUGGGCUGCUAAUGGAAGAAUGGCGGGAUUGGAUAUUUGACUGUCAACGUUCCAAGCACCUAAAGAAUACGCCGGGCCCUAUCGGUCUUCAAUGCACUCAUGUCUGUGAGGAGGUCUUUCGCGAGCGAGUGGAACGAUGGUCAAAACGGCUGGGCGUUUUGUUGUGA